AUGGGUGCUAGAGCGGUAGAAAACCCUGGAGUUGAUGCUGGAGCUGCAGUGGACCCCAGAGUUGAUGUUAGACAUGCAAAGGAUCCUAGAAUGGAAGCGGUCAUGAGGACCCUAGAGCAGAUUGGUAACCCCGAGGCUGCACCACGAUGGGUAGAGGAACUCGAGAAAGCCUUUGAGGUAUUAGGGUGCACCGAUAAUGAGAAAGUAACCCUGGCAGUAUAUCAAUUACACGACAAUGCGAAUGACUGGUGGAAGGCCACCUGGGCUAGAGUGUUUCCUGAAGGUACCGCCCAGACUUGGGUUGCGUUCACCGAAAGUUUUUAUGGAAAGUAUUUCUCGGAGAGCGCUAGGGAAAGAAAGCUAGCAGAGUUUAUGAGACUCCGCCAAAGUCAGAUGACGGUGGAUCAGUAUGAGGCGGAAUUUGCUAGAUUAUCUAAAUUUGCGUCGAGAAUGGUAGAGCAUCCCGAGCAUAAGGCGCGAAGGUUUCAGGAUGGAUUGAAAGCUGACAUUCGCAGCCAGUUGAUACUGGUGAAUCUGAGGACUUAUGAGGACAUAUAUGAUAGGGCUCAGGCUCUUGAGAGGGACCAGGUAGACAGGGCAGCAGUAUCUGGGUCGAGGUUUGUCCAGGAUAGGGACAAUCGUAAUCUCGGGAAGAGGCCGAUGUCGGGUAAUAGACGUUUUGUCCCUCCUAUUAGAAGAAACAUAGGGAAGCCGGCCCGAAAUCAGAAUGGUCCAUGUCGGUUAUAUGGGGAAAGGCAUGGAAAUGGACCUUGUCCAACUCGGGGCAGAGCAUGUUUUGGGUGUGGUGGAUUUGGUCAUCACGUAAGGUUGCACGAUGGAAAGGCCCAGUGGAUUGACCCCGAUUUUGUGCCAGAGUACGGGUCUGAUGAGGAGUCCGACUCAGAGGAGCAGAUAGAAGUCCCAGCGGAGUCGGGUGGCAUCAAUAACCCGAUUGAGAUAGGAGCCGAACCGGAGUCCUCGGAGAAGCAGACAGUCCAGGGGGAUUCGGACUCAGAGGGCGAAUAA